AUGAAGAAAAGCAGAAGUGUCAUGACGGUAACUGCAGAUGAGAAUGCUCUGGAUUACCUGGAGUGUGGGCUGAGUAAGUCCUACAGUACUUCUAGCCACGCUCUGGGCAUAGACCUUUGGAGAGGAAGAAGAUGUUGUUCUGGUAAUUUGCAGUUACCGCCACUAUCCCAAAGACAAACAGAAAAAGCAAGGACACCUGACAGAGACAUCGUCUGUAGACCAACAACUCUGCCUUUGUUGACACCUCCAAGUAUUGCAAUCACCACUUACCAAGACUGCUUCGAUGUGGAAAAUGGUCCGUCACCAGGUCGCAGCCCACUGGACCCGCAGGCCAGCUCCUCGUCAGGACUCGUUUUGCACACAACAUUCCCGGGCCACAGCCAGCGCAGGGAGUCGUUCCUGUACAGAUCCGACAGCGACUAUGACUUAUCACCAAAGACGAUGUCCAGGAACUCUUCUCUCCCAAGUGAACAGCAUGGGGAUGACCUGAUUGUCACACCUUUCGCCCAGGUGCUGGCAAGUCUACGAAGCGUGAGGAACAACUUCACGCUCCUUACCAAUUUGCACGGCACCUCCAACAAGAGAUCUCCAGCAACGAGUCAGCCACCUGUCUCCAGAGUUAACCUGCAAGUUAGAGCUGUAUUAGUUUGGAAGAGCAUUCAGAAAAAUGCCAUCUUUGUGUAUGUGCUCUUCUCCUCCCAGUUCAAGAGGAUGCUGAACCGGGAGCUGACACACCUCUCCGAGAUGAGCCGCUCUGGCAACCAGGUGUCCGAGUACAUUUCCAACACUUUCCUGGACAAGCAGAAUGAUGUGGAGAUUCCUUCUCCCACCCAGAAAGACAGAGAGAAAAAGAAAAAACAGCAGCUCAUGACACAGAUCAGUGGAGUGAAAAAAUUAAUGCAUAGUUCAAGCUUAAAUAACACCAGCAUUUCACGAUUUGGUGUGAAAACAGAAAAGGAAGACCAUCUGGCCAAGGAACUGGAAGAUCUGAAUAAGUGGGGUCUCAACAUAUUUAAUGUUGCAAGGUAUUCCCACAACAGGCCACUCACCUGUAUUAUGUACGCUAUAUUUCAGGAGCGAGAUCUACUAAAAACAUUCAAGAUCUCAUCUGACACUUUUGUAACGUACAUGAUGACACUAGAAGACCACUACCAUUCGGACGUAGCUUACCACAACAGCCUCCAUGCUGCUGAUGUUGCCCAGUCCACACAUGUUCUGCUCUCUACUCCUGCGCUGGAUGCUGUCUUCACUGAUUUGGAAAUCCUUGCUGCAAUUUUUGCAGCUGCAAUUCAUGAUGUGGAUCACCCCGGUGUCUCCAAUCAAUUUCUUAUUAAUACAAAUUCUGAACUAGCCCUCAUGUACAACGACGAAUCUGUCUUGGAGAACCACCAUCUCGCUGUGGGCUUCAAACUGCUUCAAGAGGAGCACUGUGACAUCUUCCAGAACCUGACCAAGAAACAGCGUCAGACGCUCAGGAAGAUGGUGAUCGACAUGGUAUUGGCAACAGAUAUGUCCAAGCAUAUGAGUCUCUUAGCUGAUCUGAAGACUAUGGUGGAAACUAAGAAAGUGACCAGUUCAGGAGUCCUCCUUCUGGACAACUACACAGACAGAAUACAGGUUCUCCGAAAUAUGGUACAUUGUGCGGACUUGAGUAAUCCCACAAAGUCUCUGGAGCUGUACCGGCAGUGGACGGACAGGAUCAUGGAGGAGUUCUUCCAGCAAGGAGACAAAGAGCGAGAAAGAGGGAUGGAAAUCAGUCCAAUGUGUGACAAACACACAGCGUCAGUAGAAAAAUCACAGGUGGGAUUCAUUGACUACAUCGUCCAUCCGCUCUGGGAGACGUGGGCUGACCUGGUGCAGCCCGAUGCCCAGGACAUCCUGGAUACUCUGGAGGACAACAGGAACUGGUACCAGAGCAUGAUACCUCAGAGCCCAUCUCCUCCGCUGGAGGAGCGGGGCAGGGACUGUCAGAGCCUGAUGGAGAAGUUCCAGUUUGAACUGACGCUGGAGGAGGAGGAUUCAGAUGGACCGGAGAAGGACGGCGAGAGCAUCCGCUACUUCAGCAAUACAAAGACACUCUGCGUGGCCGACCCAGGGGAAGAGGAUUCACAGAGGGAGGCGAACAUAGAAAUUGUGACAGAAGAUACGUCUCCUGUCGACACAUAAUGUCCUGUACCUGUGUGAGUGGAUUUUAAACACUUAAAGAGCAUGCAAGCAGUCUCACGGACUAGCCUGCAGCCUGGGUCUGAAGCCUGUGUCUAACAUUGGCUGAAAGAUCUUCCCAGCUACUUGAGAUUGGAGUCAGGGUUAAAGAUCGUGUAGUGAAUGAUUGCUCAGGAAAUUAACAGGUGAUUUACAUUGUGGUUUAAGCCUUGUCAGCUAAGAGCAUCAUGUUGUCCUGGAGCUGGCUUGGGUCAUGACUGAAGAGUAAAUGACACACAACUGAGAGAUUUUAUACUGUUAGUUUUGGAAUUUAUACCAGUUAGACUGAUAGAAACUACUGAUUAAUAACUCUCCAUAUAAAACCUGUCCACCUGACCACCUGUCUGCAGACCUGUGUGCCUUCUUUGUAAACACUUUCAUGUCUUUUCAAGAGUCUAUUAAUUAAAUACACGGAGUUUAGUAUAAAAAGUGACACAAAGUGUUUCAAAAUUGACGGAUACUUUUUUGAUUCUUCCUGUUACAAGAAGCAGUCUUCCUUUUUUCGUGGGCAAUACCUGUCACUUUAUUGCAGUUAAUCACUUUUACAAACUAAAUAGAAGGGAAACCCUCUGUUUCACAUUACUGCACCUUUAAUAGUCGUCUUAAUAUCCCAGGCGACCCAUUUAAAGUCACUUCAUGCCAUCAUGCACCAUCUCUGUUCGCUUGCUAGGAAUGACAGUAUUUUUUCCUCAACGGGGUUUUAUUUUUGUCAUGCGCAGGAUGGAGGGUAGUUUGUUCCCAUGGCACAGCGCAGUACAUAUAUAAGUAAGCGUGAUAAGGCAGCGUGUGACGCGCAUUCCCCCUCGGCAGCUCCUUGGCUCAGUGGAAGUUGCACGCUCGGAUAUUUGUGUUUCUCUCGCCUAUCGUUCACGUUUCCUAGGUUUAGGUCCACCGUCCUCCUGCACUGCCUUGAGCUCUAACACCUCCAUUACUGUUUAUAACAGUGUAUUUAUUACGUAAUGUAUAUACUGUAAUGUUUUGUAAGUUAUUAAUUUAUAUGAAUUAACAUUGCCUGUCGGCGGCGAUGUUAAUUGUGUAGAAAACUCGGAAUAAGAGUUGCCUUUUUUUCUUGUAACCUUUUGUAUUGCAUAAAAUACAAGAACCUGAACAUAGCUGAAGAGACAGACACAACCCAGGAAGGGCAUUUGGGUGGCAGCCGCCCGCGGGGGGUUCGUCUUCAUGGCGAGCGGAGCGGGACUGGACCCCAGGGCAGUGGGCGAGCGGUUGGAAGUGCAGAAAACCUAGAGGGGGGGAACCGAAAAAAAGAAACCCCCGUGAACGGGCCGGCUUUUAAAUGUCACGUUCCAAUUUCUGAACAACCCAAUGUGAAUUUCUAUGACAAAAAUGUGAACUGAUGUAAUAAUUGUGCUGUGAAACUUCUUCUGACAAAGCUUGUCCGGCAUCGUGAGCGGUGUCAAUCUCAGUUUGUAAAAUAUGUUUCAAGCUUUUGGUCCAACUUGUGACUAACUAGUUAAUGAAAAUAGCACAGUUGUGCAUGAUCAAUGGGUUUGUAUGUCUGUUGAACACUGCAUUGUUCCAGGUGGUUAUUUUAUUGUUUCCAAGAGUUUCACACAAUGUAUGUUAUAGUAUUAUAUAUUGUGUUCAGAUGCAUUCUUAAGAGAUUUUUAUAUGAAGUGAAUAAAUGAAAGCAUGACCCUGC